ACAUCAAGCGAUGCAUUCCCCAGUCCCCAUCGCGCCGGAAACCCAGCCAGUGGCGGCGGCUCUGCUUCUCACCCACCCAAAUCGCUGCAAUCUCUCCCUGCCGUGACACGCGAGCUGGCGGCCAUGAAUCCGAAGGAGCUCUUCGAGCUCUUCCUCGGAAAGGAGCGUGGGGAGGCGAUUCAGGAUCUGGAGAUCUCCCAGCGGGCCAAGGGUCCGCUCACACAGGCGGAGGACGCCACGCUGCGGAAAUUCAGCACCGCCGCGGACGUGGCCUACGCCGCGGCCUCUACGCUCUUCACUCUUCCUAUCUGUUUUACCAUAAAUCAAGCACAUAAAUUGGUUGCUCUUCCACCUCCGCAUAGAUUACUGAUGUUGGGAUACUCUGCUGGUGGUGCUUGCGUGAUCGGGAAGUUGGCAUAUUAUCAGUGCCUUUAUGGAUGUGCUAUAGAUAUUUUGAAAAAUGGUGAAGAACGCAUGAAGAUGGAGCUAGCUAACAUAAUACUUACUAAGCAUAGCAAUGAAAAAAAACUUGUUAAAGCUGUUAAAAAGCACUUCAUAGCUGAGCAUCUGUUCAGUGAUCACCAUCAAGAUGGUCCACUUUUCAGCUGGCGCCAACGCCAUUCAUAUGUGGACAACAGUUUUGUGGAAAGGGAGAAGGAGACUGAAGCAAAUAACUCUACCGGGGCCAGAUCAAUUUCUGGACAGACAAUUGUAGACACUAUUGAAAAGGAUCCAUUGGCUUGUAUUGGCUCUCCAGACAUCAACAAGCUGUCGGUGGACAAAAGCACCAUUCUGACGAGACAACAGCUGCAAGCCCACAGAAGUUAAUUGCCGGCAUCGUCCUAGGCAUGCUGAGAAAACUAUGCUAUAAAUUCUUAAGGAUCAGAAGAAGCGGCAUUUUAUAUGGCGACUUGAACUUGAUUUCUGCUCUUAUAUUCCAUAGGUUCCCGUGUUCUUAUAGUCAUUGGCAAAUGGGCACUAGAAGUCUUAUUUGCCUAAUGUGUCUCCUUGGUUGUUGGACCUUCCUGAAUUGUAUAUGCAAGUACCACAAUGUACUUGUAGACAUGCUUAAUGCAUUCUCUUUUC